CAACAGGCCCAUAUUCUUUCUAGAUCAGAUCCAAUUGUGGCUGCCCAGUGGGUCCCCGGGGUACCACUCAAUGGGGCCCUGUGUGCAGGCCUGGAUGUCCAGCUCCUCCCUACCCUUGGCCCCCAUUGGCAGCCUCAGCCAGCAGCGGACUGCGCCAAGCCCACACCCAGUUCUCUCUGGAGGAAGAAUAAGAAGCUGCUCUGUCUACACGCCUGUUACUGGGACACUGACGCCAGAGAGGACUCCAGCAGCAGCAAAAGGUGACCAGGAGGUGAGAAAGAACCACUGGCAGGACCCAAGGAAAAACUGGCGUCCGGGAUGUCUGAGCUGGAGAAGGCCAUGGUUGCCCUCAUUGAUAUCUUCCACCAGUAUUCCGGAAGAGAGGGCGACAAGCACAAGCUGAAGAAAUCAGAACUGAAGGAGCUCAUCAACAACGAGCUCUCUCACUUCCUGGAGGAAAUCAAGGAGCAGGAAGUGGUGGACAAAGUGAUGGAGACGCUGGACGAGGACGGGGAUGGGGAGUGCGACUUCCAGGAGUUCAUGGCCUUCGUCGCCAUGGUGACCACAGCCUGCCACGAGUUCUUUGAACACGAGUGAGAUCAAAAAAGGAAAAGAAAAAAGUAGCUGAGCCGUCCCUGCGGCAGACGGGAGGGUCACAAGAGGAGGCGCAGCAAAGGCUCACGGGCUUGAAGGAGCUGAGCUCUCUAGACAUAUAUAACCAAGCUUGGUUUGCUUUGAGAAUGAAACCCCAACCCCCUUCCCCCUUCCUUUAAGUUAGCACAUCGUGAUUUCUGCUACACUAGGCAUUCCCCUGAGCUGACUGGUCCCAGGAACUGUUGGUAAGGGUCACUAGGGGACAAAAAUCAGCGCUCUGAGGGUACAGCAUGUGUUGCUGACCACCCAUGCCCCUGUAGAAGGGUCUCCCGUAAGAAUCAAGGCAGACUACCAACGGUAGUUCCGUCGGACAGCUUUCUUAGGUGUACACUUCCCACACACCUGGGUGCGCUUCCCACAGCUGGAUGCGCUGUCACCAGAACAGGUUGCUCGUCCUUACAUCUGUGCAAAUGAUGCCCCAGAAAGUAGACAGACUGAUCACCGACACCCUCCUCCAGCCCAGAGGAGCACAGCCACACUUAAGUCUCCUCUUCCACAGUGUGCAGUGAUUCGGCACUAAGUAAAUAUUUAACGCCAACAGUUCUAACUGGGAAAACAAUUUGAUCUCACAAACUAAGUAUGGACAUUCUAACUCAGGACGGAGAAAGUUCUGUUCAGUAGACUUCUCCUUUUAGGAUGAUGCCACUGUUCCCGUAGGACAUGGACGGAGGAGGGGGAAUGAAUAUGGCCAGAGUCUUUUCCUAGUUAGUUGUAUCUUCCUCGGUCCCUCUGCUGUCCAUAGAGUGAGUGACCAUGAGAUGGAUCUUAGCAGGGCGUGGAUCUUAGCAGGGCGAGCUGCUGGGGAAUGAAGGGCCUCUGAGAUGUGUCCCUUAGCUGCUGGGAGCCAUGUCUGAGCUGCUAGUACCUACGGCUAGCUUAACACUUGGUGAGGCUGAGAGUCGAGGAUUAUGGGAAGCUGGACUUGAUGCUUUCUAACCUGCGUAUUCAAAUGGUGUAGGUUCAAAUAAUCCAAGUUACAGAUAAAUAAAAAUCACAUUGCAAAUAUUAAAAA